AUGACUGAACACGAACCCACUUCAGAGCAACUGGCGCAGAUUGCAGCGGAGAACGAGGAGGACGAACAUUCGGUGAACUACAAGCCCCCAGCCCAGAAAACUAUCGAGGAGAUACAAGCUCUGGACCAGGAUAAUGAGAGUCUGCGCAAGUACAAGGAGGCUCUGCUGGGCGCCGUUCCCAGCACAGUGGACGCUCCAAAUGUCAUUGUCACCAAAUUGACCUUUGCUUAUGAAGAUGCUCCAGGCCCCCUCGAGUUGGAUCUAACAGGAGAACUUAAGAAGUUUAAGAAAGAAUCAUUCAUCCUUAAAGAAGGCGUGGAGUACAGAAUUAAAAUCAGCUUUAAGGUCAACAAGGAGAUUGUGUCUGGACUGAAAUGUCAGCAGCAGACGUACAGGAAAGGUGUAAGAUUGCACAAGACAAACUACAUGGUUGGAAGUUAUGGCCCCCGUGCGGAUGAGUAUGAGUUUCUCACUCCCGUGGAGGAAGCCCCCAAGGGUAUGUUGGCCAGAGCCUGUUACAGUAUGAAGUCUCUCUUCACUGACGACUAUAAGAAAAAGGAGUAG